AACAGAAAAGUGUUUUUCAUGGGUAUAUUGAAAUUAGCUACAGAAGAUCUUGUUUAUGCUGGAUUUUAUUCAUAUAAGCAGAAAAACGCCUGGUAAUGUUAUAAGCGUAUUUCAUUUAAACUACGAACAAUCAUUGUGGCUUAUGGUCGUUUUUAAGACGAGUUUUAACGAUUGUAUAAGUACAGCUACUAGCUUGUCGUCUGCUUAAAGCACAGUUCACAAUAUCAUUUCAGACCGAAGCUUAAAGGCCUUAGCAUCCACAUAACGCCAAAACAAACAAUCGCCCUACACAUUACCAGAAAACAGUCAUGAAGAAAAUCACCCCUGCGCCGAUAUUCAAUAUGAAUCGGAAAAGACCACGACAAGCUAUCAUAGCUGACCCUCAGAAUAUUGACGGAGCUGGAACGGGCAUGCCAAUCAAUGCAUCUCAGUCGUCGCAUCAUUACCCAGAUUUAAUGCCAGUCCAUGGUUUUGAUGGGAAAGGGUAUAUCCCAAGUCAACCAAAGCAGGGGAACCAAAAGUCAUACCAACAGCAGAACAAGUCCCAACAGAACCCACACUACCAACAGCCAAACAGACAGCAGCUACAACAAAACCAGCAAUAUUCAUACAAUACAAACAGACCAACCCCUGGUAGACAGCCACAGACACUGAAUUCAGGUCUUCAGGGACCAAACAGGGCAAUGACAGGAGGCAUAACUACAUGUAGGACUGGUCAAGCUCAGUCAAACUCUAACAGGCAGCUGUCAGGACAGUCCAAUCAGGGGUGGCAGGCAAACAAACAGCAGUCUUGGAGCAGUGGACAGGCAUCAUAUACCAACAAACAGGGGGCCAAUAGCUUCACAGAUGUUCAGAAAAUACAACAAAAAUAUCCAAAUGUAGGGAACAACAAGACCGAAUCAUAUGGACAGCAGCAAACCAGGAAUUUUAAUGGUAGACAGAACUACAAUGGCCAAGGAGGAAGCCAAUGCCAGACUCAAAAUUCUGGAAAUAACUUCUCGAAGACUAAUACACAUAUGAACCAGAACCCAUUCCAGACCAGCACACAUAGAAACCAGAACUUGUACAGACCAGGCCCCAGUGGUGCAGCCACAGCACAAAAGGCAGACAAAUUUGUACAGCAUUUUCGACACCAGACAGAUCAAGUUGGAGGUUUUGGAGAUUCUUCAAAAACAAUAUCUUCAUCAACAAUUCAAAAAGAACAACAGAAAGCACCACAGAAGACUGGCCAAAAAGCUGAUAAAUCUCUUCACCUCAUCACAUCAACCAUUCAGGGUGUCAAGCAUUGGAGCAAAUACAGAGAUUCUGUUAAUAUGAUUUUUGAAGUAUUUGGUGUGGUGGACUCGGCCAUGAUGCAAGAUCCUUCAGCAACAGGAAAAGAAUUCCUGAUUAAAGAUGAGGAAGAUUCCAUGGCAUGUAUUUUCUACGAAAUUGAUCGUCAACUGCAAAGACUGACCCGAGGACAUUGGCACAGGUGUGUUGGCUCUAUGGAUGGAAGAAGUGGAAAACUGAAGUGUGUAUCUGUAAGACCAGCUUCAAUGGAGGAGAAGGACCUUUCAAAAGUUUCUAUCAAAAAAUCAGAUGAUAUCCUUUGGAACUUGACAAAAACUACACCUGAGCCUUGAACAAUUCUUUUAGACUUGAAAACAGCUAGAUUUGUGCUCUGAACCAAUGACUGUACAGAACCAUCACGUUUACCUUGUUAUGUACAUAUAUUAUUAAAGGUUUACUUCGUUUUCAAUUAAAUUUAUCACUCGAUCUAAACGUUUUGUUUG